CAAGGCCGCCACGGGCCCUACUCUGUCUCACGCUCAAGAACCCCAUCCGCAGGGCCUGCAUCAGCAUCGUAGAGUGGAAACCAUUUGAGAUCAUCAUCCUGAUGACCAUUUUUGCCAACUGUGUGGCCUUAGCUGUCUACAUCCCCUUCCCUGAGGAUGACUCGAACGCCACCAACUCCAACCUGGAGCGUGUGGAGUAUCUGUUCCUCAUCAUUUUCACCGUGGAGGCGUUCCUGAAGGUAAUAGCCUAUGGCCUGCUCUUCCACCCCAAUGCAUACCUGAGGAAUGGCUGGAAUCUGCUUGACUUCAUCAUUGUAGUCGUAGGAUUAUUCAGCGCAAUCUUGGAGCAGGCCACCAAGGGAGACGGGGCCACUCCCAUUGGAGGGAAAGCAGCGGGCUUCGAUGUCAAGGCUCUGAGGGCAUUUAGAGUACUCAGACCCCUCAGACUGGUGUCUGGAGUACCAAGUUUACAGGUAGUGUUGAACUCCAUAAUCAAAGCCAUGGUUCCUCUGCUCCAUAUCGCCCUGCUGGUCCUCUUUGUCAUCAUCAUCUAUGCCAUCAUCGGCCUGGAGCUCUUCAUGAGCAAGAUGCACAAGACCUGCUUUCAUGAGCAUAUAGGCACCAUUGCAGAGGAAAAGCCUGCACCAUGUGCACCUGAAGGGGCUUAUGGUCGACACUGUAAUCAGAACGGAACAGAGUGCAAAAUGGGAUGGGAGGGCCCAAAUGACGGCAUUACCAACUUCGACAACUUUGCCUUUGCCAUGUUAACGGUGUUCCAGUGUAUAACGAUGGAAGGCUGGACAGACGUGCUAUACUGGAUGCAGGAUGCUAUGGGCUAUGAGCUGCCGUGGGUCUAUUUUGUCUCUCUCGUCAUCUUCGGCUCCUUUUUCGUUCUCAAUCUCGUUCUGGGGGUGUUGAGCGGAGAGUUUUCCAAGGAAAGGGAGAAGGCCAAGGCUCGCGGUGACUUCCAGAAACUCAGAGAAAAACAACAACUGGAGGAGGACCUCAAGGGCUAUUUAGACUGGAUCACUCAGGCUGAAGACAUUGACCCAGAGAAUGAGGAGGAGGGCAUGGAUGAUGAUAAACCCAGAAAUCUGAGCAUGCCAGCCAGCGAGAAUGAAUCAGUCAACACAGACAAUGCCCCUGGGGGAGACGUGGAGGGUGAGACCUGCUGUACCCGGCUAGCAAAUAGGAUCUCCAAAUCCAAGUUCAGUCGCUACUCUCGAAGGUGGAACAGGCUAUGCAGAAGAAAGUGCCGGGCGGCGGUCAAAUCUCAAGUUUUCUAUUGGUUGGUCAUCUUCCUGGUUUUCCUCAACACACUCACCAUUGCCUCUGAACAUCACCAGCAGCCUCAGUGGUUAACAGACGUACAGGACAUAGCCAAUAAGGUGUUGCUAGCACUCUUCACUGGUGAGAUGCUGUUGAAGAUGUACAGUCUGGGCCUACAGGCGUACUUUGUUUCGCUCUUUAACCGCUUUGACAGCUUUGUAGUAUGUGGAGGAAUCCUGGAGACCAUUCUGGUGGAAACCAAGAUCAUGUCUCCUCUCGGCAUCUCUGUGUUACGUUGUGUGCGCUUGCUACGGAUCUUCAAAAUAACCAGAUACUGGAACUCACUGUCCAACCUGGUGGCCUCCCUGCUAAACUCUGUCCGCUCCAUCGCUUCGCUGUUGCUCCUGCUCUUCCUCUUCAUCAUCAUCUUCUCCCUGCUCGGCAUGCAGCUCUUUGGGGGGAAAUUCAACUUCGACGAGACCAGACGCAGCACCUUCGACAACUUUCCCCAGUCUCUGCUCACCGUGUUUCAGAUCCUAACAGGAGAGGACUGGAACUCUGUAAUGUACGAUGGCAUCAUGGCGUAUGGUGGACCGUCCUUCCCUGGCAUGCUGGUCUGCAUCUACUUCAUCAUCCUCUUCAUCUGUGGAAACUAUAUCCUGCUGAAUGUCUUCUUGGCCAUCGCUGUCGACAAUCUGGCAGAUGCUGAGAGCCUGACAUCCGCCCAGAAAGAAGAGGAGGAGGAGAAAGAGAGGAAGAAACUAGCCAGGCUGGCCAGUCCAGAGAAACGCCACAAUAAUGAGAAGCCGCCUCUGCAGGAGAAGAAGGAGAAAAUAGAACUGAAGUCUAUCACUUCAGAUGGAGAGACCAACACCGCUACUAAGAUCAACAUGGAUGACUACUGUGGAGAUGAGAGUGAAGAGAAGAAUCCAUAUCCUGCAAACGAUUACAUAGGUGACGAGGAUGACGAGGAGCCAGAGAUGCCGGUGGGGCCAAGGCCACGGCCACUUUCCGACAUUCAGCUGAAGGAGAAGGCCAUUCCCAUGCCUGAGGCUCGUGCUUUCUUCAUCUUCAGCCACACCAACAAAUUCAGGGUUCUGUGCCAUAAGAUCGUCAACCACAACAUCUUCACCAACCUCAUCCUCUUCUUCAUCCUGCUGAGCAGCAUCAGUCUGGCAGCGGAAGACCCGGUGAAGAACGACUCUUUCAGAAACCAGAUCUUGGGCUAUGCAGAUCAUGUCUUCACUGGACUCUUCACCAUAGAGAUCAUUCUUAAGAUGACAGCAUAUGGAGCCUUCGUCCACAAAGGUUCAUUCUGUAGAAACUAUUUUAACAUUCUAGACCUGGUGGUGGUCAGUGUGUCCCUCAUCUCAUCUGGAAUACAGUCCAGUGCCAUUAAUGUGGUGAAGAUCCUGAGAGUUCUGCGAGUGCUCAGACCGCUGAGAGCCAUCAAUAGAGCCAAGGGCCUAAAGCAUGUGGUGCAGUGCGUGUUUGUGGCCAUCAGGACCAUCGGCAACAUCGUCAUCGUCACCACGCUGCUCCAGUUCAUGUUUGCCUGUAUUGGAGUACAGCUUUUUAAGGGCAAGUUCUUCUUUUGUACGGACACCUCCAAACAGACUCAAGCUGAAUGCAGGGGUUCCUACAUCAUGUAUAAGGAUGGAGAUGUGGGAAAGCCUAAAAGAGCCCACAGACUGUGGGAGAACAGUGACUUUAACUUUGAUGACGUCCUGCAAGGCAUGAUGGCUCUGUUUGCUGUGUCUACCUUUGAGGGCUGGCCAGGGUUACUGUAUCGGGCCAUAGACUCUCACGCCGAGGAUGUCGGACCCGUUUACAACUAUCGGGUGGUCAUCUCCAUCUUCUUCAUCAUCUACAUUAUCAUCAUUGCCUUCUUCAUGAUGAACAUAUUCGUCGGUUUCGUCAUCGUCACCUUCCAGGAGCAAGGAGAGCAAGAGUAUAAGAACUGUGAACUGGACAAGAACCAGCGUCAGUGUGUGGAGUAUGCCUUGAAGGCCCGUCCAUUGCGCCGCUACAUCCCUAAGAACCCCUACCAGUACAAGGUGUGGUAUGUGGUCAACUCCACCUACUUUGAGUACCUGAUGUUCACACUCAUCCUCCUCAACACCAUCUGUCUGGCCAUGCAGCAUCAUGGACAGACCAAAAAUUUCAAUGACGCCAUGAACAUCCUCAACAUGCUCUUCACUGGACUCUUCACUGUGGAGAUGAUCCUGAAACUGAUUGCCUUCAAACCAAGGGGGUACUUUAGUGAUCCCUGGAAUGUGUUUGAUUUCCUCAUCGUAAUUGGCAGCAUAAUAGACGUCAUUCUCAGUGAGAUCAACGGACUGCAGAACUCUGAAGAGAACGCCAGGAUCUCCAUCACCUUCUUCCGGCUGUUCCGCGUGAUGAGGCUGGUGAAGCUGCUGUCUCGCGGGGAAGGGAUUCGGACCCUGCUGUGGACCUUCAUCAAAUCCUUCCAAGCUCUGCCAUACGUAGCUCUGCUUAUAGUGAUGCUAUUCUUCAUAUACGCUGUCAUCGGCAUGCAGAUGUUUGGUAAGAUAGCGCUGCGGGACCACACGCAGAUCAACAGGAACAACAAUUUCCAGACGUUCCCUCAGGCAGUGUUGCUGCUCUUCAGAUGUGCAACUGGUGAGGCGUGGCAGGAGAUCAUGCUGGCGUGCUCGCCCAAUCAGCCAUGUGAGAAGGGAUCCACCAAUGAGAACAGCUCGACACACGAGGACUGUGGCAGCCAGUUUGCCAUCAUUUACUUUGUCAGCUUCUACAUGCUCUGUGCCUUUCUGAUCAUCAACCUGUUUGUGGCUGUCAUCAUGGACAACUUUGACUACCUGACGCGUGACUGGUCGAUCCUGGGGCCGCAUCAUCUUGACGAGUUCAAGAGGAUCUGGGCUGAAUAUGACCCAGAAGCCAAGGGGAGGAUAAAGCAUCUUGAUGUGGUGACUCUGCUCCGGAGAAUCCAGCCUCCCCUCGGCUUUGGAAAGCUUUGUCCCCACAGAGUUGCCUGCAAGCGUCUAGUGUCAAUGAACAUGCCUCUGAACAGCGAUGGAACUGUAAUGUUCAACGCCACACUGUUUGCCCUGGUCAGAACCGCACUCAGGAUUAAGACGGAAGGUAACCUUGAGCAGGCCAAUGAGGAACUGAGGGCAAUUGUGAAGAAGAUCUGGAAGAGAACCAGCAUGAAGCUCUUAGAUCAAGUGGUGCCCCCUGCUGGUGAUGAUGAGGUAACAGUCGGGAAGUUCUACGCAACCUUCCUCAUCCAGGAAUAUUUCCGCAAGUUUAAGAAGAGGAAAGAACAAGGGCUGGUGGCCAAGGUGCCUCCGAAAACUGCCCUCUCUCUGCAGGCGGGCCUGCGGACGUUGCACGAUAUUGGUCCAGAGAUUCGGAGGGCCAUCUCUGGAGACCUGACUGUGGAGGAGGAGAUGGAUAAAGGCCUGAAGGAGCCUGUGUCGGCUGCAUCUGAGGACGAUAUCUUCAGGGUAAAGCGAACGGGUGGGUUGUUCGGCAACCAUGUCAACUACUACAACCAGAGUGAUGGCCGCGUGUCCUUCCCACAGUCCUUCACUACCCAGCGUCCCUUGCACAUCAGCCAGAAGGGCUCACCUUGCGAAGGCUCAAACGCCAACAUCAAUAACGCCAACAACACCGGCAUGGUUGGAGUUGCAACCCAGGGUGUCAGUCGAUUCCCCAGCCCGUCUAUAAGCACUGUGGACGGACACACAGGACAGCCACUCACCCCCAUCCUGCUGCCAAGAUCUGCGUGGUGCUUUCCUCCAAAGAGCUCGGACUCAAGUGACAGCCAUCUGCCAAUCAUACGGAGAGGGGAGGAUUCGACGGAGGAGACGUAUGAUGAGAGCUAUGUUGACGACAUGGAGUACCACGAGGAUGACCACUCGCUCUCUUCUGACAUGCUUGUGUAUCAUGAUGAAACAUGUAAGCAGUUGACUCCCAUGGAGGAAGGAGAGGAGGUAGAGGACAGAAGAGGAGGAGGAGGGUGGCAGUCUCCCAGGAGAGUCUUCCUCUGUCCCACUUCACUGGGGCGGAGAUCGUCCUUCCAUCUGGAGUGUCUCAGGAGACAGUCAAGGCCAGACGUCUCCCAGAAGACAGCUGUGCCCUUACACCUCGUACAUCAUCAGGCGCUGGCAGUGGCAGGGUUGAGUCCUCUGUUAAGAAGGAGUCACUCACCCACCCUCUUCAGCCGGCUGUGCUCCACGCCUCCAGCCAGUCCCACAGCCCAUGGCAGUGAUGCCUCCUACCAGCGAGUGCCCUCUCUGAGGCUAGAGGGCUCAAACUCCCAUGAAAAGCUCAAUACCAGCUUACCCUCUGUCAAUUGUGGGCCCUGGUACAGCGACAGUAAUGGGAACAGCCGAGGGCCUAGUCCCAGUCCCACCCCCAGCGGGUCAGUUUCCAAUCAAAGAGCACCACGGCCGGUGUCGCUCACAGUGCCCUCGCUACUGGGAAAAGACUCCUGCUCACUGUCUCAUGGCAGCGCAGGCAGUCUGGUGGAGGCGGUGCUAAUAUCAGAGGGUUUGGGUCAUUUCGCUCAGGACCCGUCAUUCAUCGAGGCAACCAAAGCCGAGUUGGCUGAUGCCUGUGACAUGACCAUCGAGGAGAUGGAGCACGCCGCCAACAACAUUCUCAACAGCAACAACACCACCACCACUACCACCACUACGAACGUCACGUCCAGCACCUCCUCUAACUCCCAGAACAGCCCCAAUGGCAACCUCCUCCCCUUCCAAACAGCAGCAGCAUCAACGCACAGGGACCGAGUGGGCAGCUUGAGUCCCAGCGAGGGCGGGGGAGAGGCAGGAGGAAGCAGAAGCUCCGUCCAUGAGCCGUCCUCUAUGGAGGAACGGCAGGAGCUGCUAGCAGAGGGGAGAGGACAGGAGGAGGAGGAGGAGGAGGAAGAGGAGGAGGAGGAGCAAGAGGCAGAAGAGAGGGAGGAGGGGCACCACAGAGGCUCAGUUGUAAUUGCAGGUACGCGGCAGAGGAACAGCGGGCUGUUGGAGGACGAGGAUAUGGAGUGUGUGACGAGUUUGUAGGAGUCAGCUCGUCGGAUUCAAUCAGCCAACUGGCCCCUCUGACAUCAUCAGAGACUGACGCUUGUCAGUGCUGGGUAACAGCGCCGUGGCUGGCUCUGUCUGUCCCCACCCCUCACACACCCACACACACUGUCUGCCUCUCUGCCAGACAUGACUGCUCUGGACAAUGGCCGCCAGUGACGCAACCUUAAACACCUGGUUACGACUUUGUUGGUUUAUAUGAGUUUGUAUGUGCGUGAAUGUUUGUAGUAAAGUUUACCACACUAUACUCUAUACUAUCUGACUGUAUGCUUGUGUGUGUGGUCUAUGAUUUUCUCUAUUUGUACGUGUGUGUGUGUGUACUCACCGCACAUGUUUGAGUGUGUCUCUAAAGUGCCUCACAGUUUUAUCAUGUCCUCAAGAGCGAUGAGCAGGGAAGUAGAGAUGAGCAAAGAAGACGAAGGAAAGUUGGAUGAAGGAAACAACAGAGGCAGGAAGUUUUAAAGAUUUCCUGCAGUCGAUAUCGCAGGUUUAUGGAUUUCAUUUCCUAUGCCUACUUUGAUGUUGUGUUAUUGUUGUUUGCCUGGCCGCCAUGAAGCCUGGUGGGGGACAGCAGGCCAGCUGGGGGGGGUCAGUUAAGGAUUCAAAUCUGACUGCACCCACUUGAGGUCAAAGGUCAACUCCUCUUUCUUAGUUCACUGAUGAUGAAGCGCUGUAUUAAGUAAAACAGGGGCAAGGAAACCCCUGUUUGAAAUGUCAUUUCUCCUCCUCUCCCAAAGCUAAGGAACCAUGGAGCACAGCCUGCCAGCCUGGGGAUGGGAUUAAAGCGACACACCACCUGCAGCCAAAGGGGGGAAGGAUUUGAGGGAUGGACCAACAGCCACAACCGGGCUGAUCAAAGGUGCAACAGGCAGAGAGAGACACUCUCCGGCCAACAGGAAGACGCCCAGCUCUUUUUUCCACUGGUCAAUUAUUGAGAGACAAACUCACCUCGUCAGUCACCAAGUUCUGGCUUUGUCUCCUCUGCCGCGUUUCCUUCGGUUGGCCGUGCCCACUUCCUGUCCGAAACAGGAAAUGGGAGGAGCAUUUGGUGGCUAAGCAGAGACAGCAAGCCCUCUUUUCUGCCUCUUACCUCGCCAUUCCUCACUCUUCCCUCUCUCCUUCCUCCCUCCUCUUUGGUUGUUCAACCAUC